AUGAACUUUGGGAAGCUACUUCUGAAAGAAAUAGAGCGUAAACGGAAGACGUCUCAGCCCACACCUGCCUCAAAAAAGACUAAGCAAAAUGUUCCCUCCGCAUCUGAAGCUCCAUCGGUAGAAGACCAAUUUCUUGCGUCGGUACCGGAUGAUAAACUUCAGCAAUCGCUUCAAUCUUUAGAGCAAGCACCAGAUGAGGAUCUUUCUAAAGCAGAGCAGCUCCAUAAGCUUGAGAUCUUGGUGCGCCACGAAAAGAAAAACGCCCGGUACAAAGCUUACUUGGAUAUGGAGAACGACGUGGAUGUGACGAUUCAUCUCGAAGACAUCGGAUCCAUUUCAGAGAAAGAUAGCAGCACGCGUCUAGCUAUGCAAGUUCGCAAGUUCAUCAAGCAGAUUGUGAGAAACUGGGAGUCAGCGCCGUCGGAGAAGUUCCCCGAAUCUCUACUAACUGAAACUAAACGGGACUUGGUCAAACUCAUGUACAAGCUCCGCAGUGGCAAACUUAAACGAGAUAUGUUGGUGUCUCUAUGCACAAUAGUCUAUUAUAUCCAAACAGAAAACUUUACGAAGGCUAACGAAGCAUACAUGAAGCUCAGUAUAGGCAAUGUCGCAUGGCCCAUUGGGGUGCGAGAUGUGGGUAUUCAUGCACGAAGUGCUGAUGCAAAAAUUACAGGUGACAACAAGGAUUCUGUUGCCAACAUCAUGCAGAAUGAAAGGACCCGACUUUGGAUCAUUGCCGUCAAACGCUUGCUCAAUUACAGCGAACAGAGCUAUUUGAACUUAUCACGUGCAGGCACAUAG